GUCAAGCUGCCAACUCAGUCAGCCCUUCUCUUUGUGUUCUGGCUUUCAGAUGAAAUUAACAAAAAGUGGAGGAAAUAAAUGGGAAUAGGAAUGGCCUUUCGAAGCAUAGGGCGUCACAUGUGCAUGCUGAUGCGCCAGAACUUUGCCAAGAGCUGCGAGAGCAAGCUCAACGAUCAGAUUAACAUGGAGCUGAAGGCGUGCCACCAGUACCUGGCCAUGGCCUACCACUUUGACAGGUCGGACAUCAGCUCCCCGGGCCUGCACGGUUUCUUUCUGCAGGCGAGCACCGAAGAGCGUGAGCAUGCCGAGAAGAUCAUGAAGUACAUGAACAAGCGCGGUGGAGUGAUCAUCUUGAGCAGUGUCCCUGAGCCGAUACCAAGCUUUGACAGCUCUCUAGAGGCGCUGAGGCACGCCCUGCGAAUGGAGCUGGAGGUGAACCAGCAUCUGCUCGAUCUGCAUACCUUGGCCGGCCAAGAGUCGGAUCCCAAUCUGUGUGACUUUAUAGAGGCGAACUUCCUGCAGGAGCAGGUCGAUGGCCAGAAGGUCCUGGCCGACUUUAUAAGGCAGUUGGAGCGGGCCCAGAGCGAUGUGGGCGAGUACUUGUUCGACAAGUACAUGCUCUCGGCUGGCAUGCAUUCCGGCGGCAAGUAAGGCCUAGACAAAUUUUAUGUGUAUAAAUAUUUUUAAAAAUUUCCCGUGCUUAUGUAUUUUAUUAAGAAUAGUAAAGAAUAGUUGUUGCGAGCA